UUUCUGUUUGUUUGGCAACAUGGAUUAUACAUCAGUGACUCUGCCCACGCAUAAACACCCUUUGUACCGCUCGGGCGGAUCUAGGGUCGAGUGCAAAGGUUGCUCUAGAGGAGGAGUUUACAAUGAGGACGGCUACCGCUGCAAGAUGUGUUACGGAGAUUUCUUCAUGCACAAGGAAUGUGCGGAAUCCCGACCAGAGAUCCCUUCUCAUCAGCCCGGCCAUCCUCCUCUCCGCCUCGUCUCGGGUAUGACUUACAGGAACGAGUGCUCUUUAUGCGGUCAUGUCAUAAAAGGGGAUGUCGGCUAUCGUUGCUCGGUUUGUGACUUCGAAAUGGACAUAGGUUGUGCCUUAGACCCGCCAUCUCUUGUCAUUGAAAACCCUAAGGCCCAUCACCACUUUAUCUCGCUAGUCCCAGAUAAACGAACCUACCAGCCGUGUCAUGUUUGUACGGAGUUGGUCAAUCCGUACCGGUAUUUAUGCUUCCAGUGUGGAUUAUGUUUCCAUAGGGAUUGUUCCGAGCUCUCGCCGGAGCUGAACCACCCCUCUCACCCUCUUCACCCUCUCACCCUCUUGAUGAGUAAACCGCCCGAUUAUACUGACGGAAAAUGUGGCCUGUGCGGGGAUGGAUUCCCGGAUCAACGGCUUUAUCAUUGUUCCACAUGCAAGUUCAAUCUGGACAUAAAGUGCGCCAAAAAUCCUCCCCCGUUUUCUUUUUUAAACCUUAAAACCCAUGCUCACAAACUCAACCUCGUGCCGAGACACGUCUCUUUUACCUGCGAUGUUUGCGGGGAGAAUGGUGAUCGAAGUCCUUAUUUAUGUCUCCAAUGCGAUUUCAUGAUCCACAUAGAGUGCAUAGAUUUACCCCGCGUUAUAAACAUCAACCGCCAUGAUCACCGUAUUUCCUACAUUAACCCUCUCGGUGUAACCGAGAAUCCGAAUCGUGAUUGUGGAGUAUGUUUCAAAAAGAUUGAUUGGUCGUACGGGGCAUAUUCUUGCUCCGUCUGCCGUGAUUAUACGGUUCAUUCGAGAUGCGCAACCAGCUAUGAUGUGUGGGAUGGGAGAGAGUUAGAAGGAGAAUUCGAAGAAAGUGAAGAUAUCGAGCCAUUCAAGCAGAUAGACGAGGAUGUAAUAAAGCAUUUCAGUCAUGAAGAACACAAUCUUAUCCUAAACAAGGAGGGCAUUUUUUGUGAGGAAAACAUACGCUGCAAUGCGUGUAUCCGUCCCCUAUACACCGAUCCGUUCUACCACUGCGAUGAUUGCGGCUUUUUCCUUCACGAAACAUGCGCCAAUCUCCCUCGCAAGAAGCGUCACGUGCUAUCUAGCGAGCGGUUAACACUGGUGACCGAUUCCAAGGAUUCCCCGAAAAUGUUUUUUUGCACCGCUUGUGGAAAGUGCUCUACUGGUUUUAGGUACGAGGCGAAGCACCAUAGAAUAGAAGUAGCAUGCAUUUCAUUUUCCGAGCCAUUCAAGCAUGGUGGUCAUUCCUUGAUAUGCAAUAAUGAACUCAAGAACUAUAAUUAUCCUUGCGGGGCUUGCGGCAGAGAAGUAUUUAUCCGUAUCCCUGCUAAUAGAGCGGUGAAUCGUCAUCUCGGAUGCAUUGAUACCGCUUGUAACUUCGUGUUGGACUACAAAUGCGCGGUUUUGCCAAGAAAGGAGAACCACAAAAACGACGAACAUCCCCUUUUCUUGUGCUAUGGCGAAAGCGCGGAUAUCGGCAGAUACUGGUGCGAGAUUUGCGAGGAAGAAAUGAAUCCGAAGAAUUGGUUCUACUCUUGUGAUGAGUGUGGAACCACUUUCCACACGGGAUGUGUGGCCGAAGACUUGGCGUCUUUCGCACCGGGGAGCAUAGUGACGACGGGAGAGCUCAAGUUUGAAGUGAUUCCGAACAGCCAUAGCACUCGGCCGCGUUGUAACGUGUGUCGACUCCGUUGCAAAUUCCUCGUAUUUCUAAAGGUACAUGACGACACUGAUAGAUACAUUUGUUCUUCCAGCUGUCUUGCUAUAUUCUUACGGUCUCAUCAAAGGAAUUUCUUCGACUUUCUGUAUUCUUGAGACAUGGUACGAUGAGUUUAUUGUAUUUCAUGAGUUGUUUUUAUAUGUAAUGGCUGUGGAUGAUUAUGUACUUUGUAUUGUUUUCAUUCACACAUGACACUUGAAUGAAAA